AUGUUCUUCAUCACGGUCAUUCUCUUCCUCCUCCUCGCCACCACUGGCACAGCCCAUAUGGUCCCCGAGCUUCCAGGCUACAGGAACAUGUGGUCUGACAGUUUCGACGGACAUGCUGGCUCUCUGCCAGAUACUUCCAAGUGGAACAUUGAACAAUGGUACCAGAAUCUGAACGGAGAUUACCAGGAGUACAAAGCUUCCCAGCAGAACCUCCAUCUCACCGGUAAUGGUGUCCUUCGUAUCAUUCCGAAGCGCGACGGCAGUGCUGAAAAGGGUUGGUCAUCCGGUCGUCUUGAGAGCAAGUACACGUUUACCCCCACACCAAAUACCAAGACCGUUGUCCAAGGUUAUAUUCGUCUUGGUAGCGCUCCUGCUUCAAGGAAACAGGGUAUCUGGCCUGCGUUUUGGUUGCUUGGUGAUAGUCACCGAACUGGCGGCCCUAUCUGGCCUGCUUGUGGUGAGAUCGACAUCAUGGAGCACGUCAACGGUGAGACCCAGAGCCAUGCUGCUGUUCAUUGUGACAAGGCUCCUGGUGGUAUCUGUGGUGAGAAGACGGGUAUUGCCAACUCUGUUGAUCUUCCGGAUGCGGGUACGAACUGGCAUACUUACAAAGUUGUGAUCGACCGUACGCCGGUUAAUUGGGCGGAGGAGAGUUUGAACUUCUAUGUUGAUGGGAAAAACUUUCACCAGCUUAAGGGUGCGAGAAUCAACGAUCCGGAAGUUUGGAAGACUAUUGCCCACAACAAGAUGUUCUUUCUUCUAAACGUCGCUGUUGGCGGUGAAUGGCCACAACCGCCUAACGAGGCUACCGCAGAUGGCGCCGCGAGUGGAAUGGAAGUCGGAUAUGUUGCCCACUAUGAGUUAGAAGGUGCAGGAAGUGGUGCAGACUCUCAGUUUGGCUAUGAAGAUGAUGGGUACUACUCCCCUGAUGCUCCAGCUGAUCCGGAGCAGCCAGCUCAGCCCCCUAUACAGGAUCCACCAGUGGACCCUACUUACCCAGACGACCUCGACUACCCAAACCCUGGAGUUCCCGAUCAGCCUGCGCAACCUCCUGUACAGGAUCCAUACUACCCGGACGACCUAAAUGAGUACGACAACCCAGGCUAUCCUUCAUCUGACUAUCCCGAGGCGCAUGACCACCCCACAGACGGCUACAACCAUGACACUGUCCCUCAAGUUCCCGCGCCUCAGCCUGAAGAUGGCUCAAGUCCUAGUUCCAAGGGUACCUAUUAUGAUGACGAGGGCGACGACUACUACGAUGACUGCGACGUCUGCGCCAAGAUUCGCAAGCAAGACCGUUACAAGGACCGUUACACCGGGCCUGGUCUUCCUGACUGGUACUACUUUAACCGGGAACCCCCCGUGUAG